UCAGACAGGCAGCCUCAGAGCUAGUUAACACUGCAGUGUCAGGAGAGUGGGGUAAAGACAAGAGAAGAGCAAAGACUGAGAUCUGACAGUAACCGUAAAACAGGAGAAAAUGUUACAGAGGGCAGCCUCCAAUGUGUCAGACAAAAAGAGCAGCAAGCCGAAGCGCUCCACCAGCUUCGGCAGGUUUGAGGCUCUCAGACAUCACUCACCACAAGCCAAACCAGAAGAAAAUGGAACGACCGUGCUCACAGAAGAAUGUGAGACUUUGGACCUGAACAAAUCAGCUGGACUUGGGAAGAAGAUGAAGGCAAUUUCCCUGACCAUGCGCAGAAAAAUGGGCAAAAAACACGCCAAGUCUUUUUCCGAGGAGAAUGCUGAUGACGCAGACAAAGACCCAGAGGCAGAGACAGAGAAUGGCCCUGCAGUUGAGAAAAACGCAGCAAAGUCAAGCAACUCCUUAGAGAGUCUCUACAGUGGACAGAGCUCCUCUAGUUCAGGCGGUGUGACCAGUGAGUCAAACGGUUCUGGUCAGAGAGACAGUCUGAGGCUGGAGGAGGACGGCUCCUAUCAGGGACAGUUCUGUGGCAGAGCUCGCGUCCACACAGACUUUGUUCCCAGCCCGUACGACACAGACUCCCUCAAACUCAAGGUCGGAGACAUCAUCAACAUCAUCAGUAAGCCUCCGAUGGGCAUCUGGACGGGCAUGCUAAACAACAAAGUGGGCAACUUCAAGUUCAUCUAUGUGGACGUUUUGGCGGACAAAGAGGAGGAAGAGGAAGCGCCCAAGAUCAGACAACAGAAGCUGUGCAAAAGACCUCGGCCUAAAACACUGCUGGAGUUACUGGAGCGACUGAAUCUGGAGGAGUACGCCUCUGCCUUGCUGCUCAACGGCUACCAGUCGGUGGAGGACCUGCUGCACCUGCAGGAGAAACACCUGAUAGAGCUGAACGUCAAAGACCCCGAGCACCGACGCAAGCUCCUCGCUGCUGCUGAAUUCCGCUACACAGGUGACGAUGUCAGGGAUGCGGAGGAGCUCAGAUCCUCCCACAGUCUACAGGAAGAUGACAGCGACUGUCCCAGAGACUCGGGUUGUUUCAUCCCAUCUGAAUGUUCAGAAAGCAAAGAGGAGGCAGAGCGGCUCACAGACGCCGUGGAGUCUUAGUGUGACGGAUACUUUGACAACUGGAUUUGAGUGUUGGCUGUUUUAUUAUGACGGGGGGGAUUUAAGAAAUAUCUCUUUAUUUGUCAAAACAUCAUGUAAACAUUUGGCCUGUGUUGUUGCUGCUUGCAGCAGGUAAGCAUCAAGUCAUACACCGAUGAAAUACAUGUAGUGUUAGAGCCAAGAUCUGUGUUUGGUUAUCUACCCAUUAACCACACACAGGCAAACUGUUUGAGGCACUGCUUUACAGUAGUUAGAUAAUGAUCAAGUUCUAAGAUUUCUAUAUAUUUUGUUGUUGCAAAAGUGACAUUUCAUUGAUUAGAUGUCAUUUGUAUUUAUUGCAUUGUAAAUCAUUUAAUGUUUUGUUUUUCUCCAUAUAAAGCCUUUAUUUAUCACAUCUGCAUCAUCAGCAUUCUCAUCGCAUCCAAACUCGAUUAUUCAACAUGCAGUGCAAUCUUUUUUUUUUCUUCCUUUGAAUAAGUGAUGUUGGUGAAGGUGGGGAUGAUUUUGAAAUGUCGUGUCUGGGUUUGAACCAUGUAAAUUCAAAUCUUGCCUAUAUAAUGUAUACUGUACAGGAAAACACAUGCUAUUUUCUUAAACGUGUGUGUUUGAAUGAGUGUGUGUGUGAGAGAGAGAGAGAGAGAGCCCGUGUGUGAACUCAUGUGAAAGUUAGCAUUCAACUGUUUUCACAACUUUUUGUAAAUAAAAUAAA